CUCAGAGCCAGACCUCUUCCUCAUCGCUCUGUCCUGCCCUCUCCCUACACUAGAGGGCGCCCUCUCGCUGGCCACCCUAAGGCCUUCUCACAGCCUGGGAAAAGGAUGUCGGAAGCCGGAGCUGCGUCUGCUCUACCCGAGGACUCAUGGAGCAAAGUAAGGGGGACCUCAUAGGACAGCUCGGGGAUGCUGACGAUUAAAAAUUAAGUGGUGAUGUCUCUGGGAGUGGUUCUCUUGUGAGUGGCUGGCAGUAAACAUAGAUCUUAUUAUGCUUUUGAGAAUAUGGGUAAAGGUGUCCCAGAGUAAUAUAUAGUCCCGUGUUGUUUUUCUGCUUUGAGCCCUAUAGAGUCCAUAUUGGUCGGGAAUAGGGUAAAGCUGCAGCCAUCGGUGUCAUGGGGUCAGCGUUGACCGUCCAUAUUACUGUUGAGGUUAGUCGGAUUGUUGGUCGGGCAGCUGUGGGGUACUGUGGAUGGUCCCGGCUUAUUCGUAUUUACCUUCCCAGUGCCUGACGUUGUGUCAGGUUCCCCCGGAGUGUGUGUGGUGUCGCUCCUAGGAGGUGACCGCUGCGUAGGUGAUCGGCGUGGAGUCUCGGGGAGUGAACGAUGUAGCCUUGCCCAGUGUCCAGGCAUGGGUCGAAGGAGUAUUGUUGGUUAACUACACUUGGGUGAGGGAUUCAAAUGGCAGGCCCAGAGUCUGCAGUAAGGCCUGCGCGUUGUGUAUGUCUUGGAGGAUAUGCGUGGUCGUCCCUUGUUUCACCGCUAGUGCCAUUGGAGACCGCCAGCGAUACUCGAUGUUGUGGGACUGGAGCACGGAGGUGAUCGGCUUGAGUGACCUACGCCAGGCCAGGGUGCCCCCAGGUAGGUCCUGGUAGAAUGUCAGGUUCCUGGCCUCAAAGUGGAGGGGGGUUCUUCCCCAUAGGGCUGCUAGAAUUGUUGCUUUUUCUUUGCGUUUGCGGAGAGUGAUUAUCACAUCUCUUGAGGCUGCGGCCGAAGCAUUCGCAGGUUUAGGGACCCUGAAGACCUCCUCUGGGGCAGGUAUUGUGGUUUGACUGUUUGUCAGAAUCGCUGGCAGUAAGUGCCCCAUAACUUUUGGCAGGUCAGCCUCCGAUAUCUCCUCAGGGACUCCCCUGAUCUUGAUAUUGUUUUGCUGCCUGGAAUCUUCUUGCGCUGCCAUGCGACGUUCAAGUUGCUGGUUCUGCUGUUGUAGCUCCUGUAUGGAGUGCUGCAGUGCAUAGCGCUCCCUCCUGCCAGGCACUCUGUGUAGCGUGGCCGAGCGCACCGCGGUAGAGGAACUUAUGUUUCCUGUACCCGGGCGGACGGAAAUGAAGUGCUCACUGAGAGAGCACUUCCUGUCCGCCGGGUACAGGAGACUGAGCUCCGCGCUCGGCCACGCUACAAGGUAGGAGCUCAAGGGGGGGGGGAGAACCUGAGGGAGAGAUUGGGGGGAGACCUGAGGGAGAAAGAGAUUGGGGAGACUGAGGGAGAGAUUGGGGGAGACUGAGGAGAGGACAUGGGGGAGACUGAGGGAGAGAUUGGGGAGACUGAGGGAGAGAUGGGGAGACUGAGGGAGAGGAGGGGAGACUGAGGGAGAGGAGGGGAGACUGAGGGAGAGAUUUGGGGAGACUGAGGGAGAGAUGGGGAGACUGAGGAGAGAAGACUGAGGAGAGAUUGGGAGGAGACUGAGGGAGAGAUGGAGGGGAGACGAGAGAUUGGGGGAGACUGGGGAGAUUGGGGAGAACUGGGAGAGAUUGGGGGAGACUGAGGGAGAGAUUGGGAGACUGAGGAGAGAUUGGGGGAGACUGAGGGAGAGAUUGGGGUGGUGACUGAGGGAGAGAUUGGGGAGACUGAGGGAGAGAUGGGGAGACCUGAGGGAGAGAUUGGGGAGACUGAGGGAGAGAUUGGGGGGGGAGACUGAGGGAGAGAUUGGGGGGGAGACUGAGGGAGAGAUGGGGGGAGACUGAGGGAGAGAUGGGGGGAGACUGAGGGAGAGAUUGGGGAGAAAACUGAGGGAGAGAUGGGGGGAGAAAACUGAGUGUGGGAUGGGAGAAAAAAAAUGAGGGAGGGAUGGGGGGAAAGAAAACAGGAGGGGGAGAGGGGGGACGACAUACACACAGCACCCCUGCCCUACACAUAUCACCCCACAAAAAGACACACACACAGACACAUCACCCCACCCACACACAUCACUCCACACACAAACACAUACACUGUACCCCUCAAACAGUGUGUGUACACUCAGCAGUCUGUCUGUGUGUGUACACUCAGCAGUCUGUCUGUGUGUGUACACUCAGCAGUCUGUCUGUGUGUGUACACUCAGCAGUCUGUCUGUGUGUGUACACUCAGCAGUCUGUCUGUGUGUGUAUUUAGCAGUCUGUCUGUGUGUGUGUGUGUGUGUGUAUUUAGCAGUCUGUUUGUGUGUGUGUAUUUAGCAGUCUGUGUGUGUAUUCAGCAGACUGUGUACUCAGCAGUCUGCUAAAUACAGACAGACUGCUAAGUACACAGACAGACUGCUAAAUACACAUACAGACAGACUGCCGAGCACACACACAAACUGUUUAAUACACACACAGAGAUGUUAAUUAGUUCGGACAACUGUAUGAGUUGUUUUUUCUAAACUUAAACCUCAGUAUUCAGGUUUAAAUGCCGUUUUGGCACUUUGAGGGAAAACAAUUGGCAUGUAUUACGGUUUGGGCACUCGGGCUCAAAAAGAUUCGCCAUCACUGCUCUAUAACUAGUCUGGAUAAUUUUUUUUAUGGCAAUGCUAUUCUUUCUUUGGAAGAAUUGAAGCUUAAGUAUGGAUUAUUAAAUGUAUGUGAACUGGAAUGUAUGCUAAUCAUUGACAAAUUGAAAGAACUAUACCAGGUAUCUGAAACAGAUAAAAACUAUAAAUCACUUGGGAUAUCUCCUUUAGAGAAAGUUUUUUUAUACAGCCCCGCUAGUAAAGGUAUGAUAUCCUUAUGUUAUUUGUUUUAUAAUGCCAAGCCCUUAGUUAAAUUAAAACAUAUGUUGUCAUGGGAUACGGAGUUGGGUGCACAGUACGAUUUAGAAGAAUGGUUCGUUUUUUUUAAAGGUUUAAAAGGUAUUUCGUAUUGCAUCGACCAUUUUGAAAAUCAUUAUAAAAUUUUAUAUCGCUGGUACCUGGUUCCAUCUAGAUUACAUAACAUGAACAAUAUGUAUUCUGACUGGUGUUGGAAAGACUGUGGGGGUGUGGGCAAUAUGGCCCAUAUCUGGUGGUUUUGCCCCAAAUUAACUAAUUAUUGGAAAAUGAUUCAUGAUCUAAUUAUUAAAGUGAACAGAACCAUUAGCAUCUUAACUUCGUUACUAGCCUUAUUUAAAAAACUCCCGGAGUCCGUUAAUAGAUCAGAUAAAAUAAUCAUAGGCCACAUUCUGACUGCUGCUACAUCCUGUUUACCUAGACAUUGGAAGUCCCAAAAUGUGCCAUUAAGUUUUUAAUUUGAUUCUAGAAAACAAGGCACACGAAUUAUCGCAUAGAGCUAAUAUGCAUGGUUUUCUAAUAUUAAAAUAUAAUUGGGAAGAAAAAAUCAAAACAGUUUAUGGUCUUUGAUAUAUUUAUUGUUAAAGUGCAUUGAUGUAAAAAAUUUUGCCAUAUACAUUGUUAUGCUUAUUUCAAUGAUGGAUGGAUACCCGUUCCAUUUCCUUCUUUUCCUACCCCUAAUACAAUGUUUGUAUUAUUGUUACUUGUUAUACAAAAUUUUAAAACUUUAAUAAAAAAUUUUUGAAAAGAAAUAGUGACAAAUCAAGGAACACCAAGUUUCUAUCCCUCUAUUGUUUUAUUUCCAAGAAAGAAAUAUACGCAGUUUGUAGACCUCAAAGUCCACAAUGUUCUGCUUGGCUAAGCAACAGAAGGGCCUGUUUGCAGAUCUGAUUUAAUGAUUUACCUUUGUUCUCCUAGUAUAAAACGCAUGACUGCAGUACAGCCUUACAUUGAAUAGAUGUAGGAAGAAAUGUUGGCUCUGGAUAUAUCAAAGACAGUAUAUAUCUGUUACAUAUAGGCCACGAUGGAAAAUAUCAGUAUCUGGGAGAGAUCUAUGCCUCAAUUUGCUUUUGUUGUAAUUUUUUAUCGUUUUUAUUUUUAGAGCUUAUUUUUGUAGAGUUUAUUAAAAGUUUGCAAAAGGCUAUUUCAUGCUUUCCUAUGGGGAAAACCUCACGCUGAAGUUCCUCAUGCAUAGCGUGAGGACGUCCAGCGUCAGAUAACGGACCAAAAGUCAGUUUCAAUUCCAGAAGUCCCUCUAGUGGCUGUCUGGUAGACAGCCACUAGAGGAGUUAACCCUCAGAGGUAAUUAUUGCAAUAAUUACCACUGCAGGGUUAAGGGUGAUGGGAGUUCAAUGAGCUGAAAUGGUCUGGUUGCCCACAGUGACCCUUAAAGGCUUCUUUCUUUGAGUGCUACCAGCAAAUAAGUGAAAUAUGUAUUUAUUAAAGGGAUGCUCCACGUAUUUAUAUGUUUGCUAAUGUUGGCAUUGAAGAAAUGUUUUUUUAUUCCAGUGGCAUAGAUAUCUAAGGCAGAACAGAGCGACAGGAGAGAGUCAGAGAGCUCUUCUAGAGGUUGUCCUAUUUUCCAUUGUACUAUUGUUCAUAGUUUGGGUGAAUGUGGCAUGGUUUGAAGAGUGAGUGUGACAGGGCGAGAGCAGGUGAAUGUGACUUCUCCCCCACUCAAUAAAGGGUUAAAACAUGUCCAUCGGCGCUGGGACUUGGCUCCACCUCCUUCCGAUGUCCCUCGACAAGCAGGCGCUAAUGGGCAUGCAGACAUCCCAACUUGCAAAAAUGCAUUACAGGUAGGUGGUUUCACCAGCUACGGAGCCACCCUUCUCACCCCUAGGCGUUCGCACCCUCCCCCCACACAGACACAGAUAACCCGCAAACAUGUAUGAACACCUUGACACACAGAUACACGCACUGGCACAUACACACUUGGAUACACCAUGACACACAGAUACACACAUUGAAACACACACUCAGAUAUGCACACUGAUACAUACACUCAGAUGCACACACUGACAAAUACACACACAGAGAGAUACACACUGACACACGCUGACAUACAGAUACACACACACUGACACAAACACUCAGAUACACACACACACGCAUAGAUACAGAUACACACAAUAAAAUACAGAUACACACACUGACAUACAAAUACACACUGACACAAACACACAGAUACACACACUGACACACUCAGUUACACACACUGACAUACAGACACACACUGACACAAACACACAGAUACACACACUGACAUACAGAUACACACAUACACACAGAUACACCCUGACACAAACACACAUUGACAUACAGAUACACACUCAGACAGAUACACACACUGACAUACAGAUACACACACUGACACAACAGAUACACAGAUACACAGACCUACUGACACAAACAUUUAGGUACACUCCUGUUAGCUUACCUUUGUCUCCUUGAGGGUGGCUUGCUUGAUGCUCUGGUCCUGGCUGAGGCUGAUGGGAGUGAGCAUGCAGUGGCAGCUCACUCCAGCCUCUCUUCUCCCUCCAUGUUGCUGUGUGGCUCUGCAGACUCCAUGCUGCCUCCAGUCCUCCUGUGCGGCUCUCUGUGAGGCAGGGAGGAAGUGGCUAAUAGUCGGCUCUUAAAGUGCCGGCACCACACCAGCCCCUGCUUAGUAUGAGGGAAGGGAGGCUCAUAUCAUGUGUAAUAUCCUGGUAAUCAACACACACAAUCUGAUAUACAUUGUAUGUCAGGUUGUGUGUGUGAUUUCCAGGAUAUUAUACAUGAUAUGAGGGUGUCAGGGAGCCGCAUGCAAAACUUGGGAUGUCUGGGGGAGACUUAGGAUGUCUGGGCAUGCGAGGUGAGUGUUGUGCGCAUUAGGCCUCCCCAUAGGAAAGCAUUGAAUCAAUACUUUCGUAUGGAGAAUUAGCUGACGCUGGAUGUCUUCAGAGCAUGAAGACGUCCAGCGUCAGCGGAUCAAAAGUCUGUUAGCAUCCAGGAAGCUCCUCUAGUGGCUGUCUGGUAGACAGUUACUGGAGGCAGACUUAAUGCUGCAAUGUAAACAUUGUAGUUUCUCUGGAUGUGGUCUGGGUGCCUAUUGUGUCCCUUUAAGGGGGGUUAAUGUGACAGGGAUAGUGUGGCAGAGUGAGGGGGUUGAGUGUGACAGAUUAGGUGACAGGGUGAGUGUGGCAUGGUUGGGGGAGAGUGUGACAGGAUUAGGGGAGGAUUAUUUGACAGUGUUAGUGUGGCAUGGUUGGGGGUGGAUGAGUGUAACAGGAUUAGAGGGGUUAAUGUGAUAGGGUGAGUGUGGCAUGUUGAAAGAGGUGAGUAUGACAGAGUGAUAAACGAUGAGUGCGAUAUGGCUGAGAGGUGAGUGUGACAGUGCGAGAGAAGGUAAAUGCGACAGAAUUAGGGGUAGGUUAGUGCGAUAAAAUGAGUGUGGCAUUGUUGUGGGGGGUGGGGGGAGUGCUACAGGAUUAGGAGGGGGAUUAAAGGGAUAUUAUAAACUAUUUGAUUUGAUAACUAUGCAACAGAAAGGGAAAAAAAUUCUUAAUUCACUCCAUAAGUGCGACCAGUUUCACCUUGGAUCAACAACCUGUUCAUAUACUUAUAUCCUUGAAAAUUAGUUUUUCCCCAAAAAUCAUCCAGGCCUUUAAAAUUAAAUAAAUAUCUAUAGAAUUUGAAAGAAUUCCUCAAAUGUAUGUUUCUCAUUGUAAAUAACCCUUUUCUCUGCUGUAAGCAUAAACACAUUACUUCCAGUGUCAAUGGAUGAUCUCUUGUUUGUUGUAUAUUCCUGCUAACGAACAAGUUAUCAUCUAGCGGUUUGUACUGACCUGUAUUCAGACAUCCAGUGGGAGUUGGCAGACAGGCAGCUGAAGACAUUACAACCAGUGACAUAUUGCAGCUGGGGGCACUGUCCACACAGUACCCACUUCUUGCUAGUUGCCCAUACUGGACUGCCCCAUCAAACACCCUUAGUAUGUCAAUGAAAGCAGAUAUAAAUCUGUAGCCGGAGCAGGAUACACCAUGGAAUAUGUGUACCAAAAACAAACAAAAAGGGUCUGCUUAACCAUGGAACCAUCCGUACCUCAAAUUACAGCCAUUAGGGCAGGAUUAUAAUAUAAUGUGGCCUCUCUCUGGCUGGGAGCUUCAGUAUACAGACCUUGGAGUUAUUCCUGAGUGGUUUGGGUUUUUUCUAUGUGUUUGUUUUUUAACUCAUGAAGCUUCUUUGCAGCUAUAUUAUCUUGUAUCUUUCUAGUGCGUGUGUUGUGCACUACUAAAAUAUUACAUACUAUGAUAUUACAUAGUUCAUAGUUACAUAAUAGUGCAUUGUACUGUUUUAGAAUCUAUAUUACACAGACUGGAAUAUCACCCCUUUUGGAGUUAUUGACUGAUUCAUUGAUUUUCUUCUUACAGAGAUUAAUUUAUUUUCCACAGUAACAUACUUCCCUACAGCAUAUCACAGUGCUAUCCUUCAAUACAAAUAAGUAACAAACAAAAAAAUAAAAAUUUACAGGUAAGCUGCUCAUAUACAAUGUGAAUACUUAGAACUUUCCCAGCAUUAGAAUACUCAGUACUGCCAACAAAAUACAUUUAUUCCUCAGAGCCAGACCUCUUCCUCAUCGCUCUGUCCUGCCCUCUCCCUACACUAGAGGGCGCCCUCUCGCUGGCCACCCUAAGGCCUUCUCACAGCCUGGGAAAAGGAUGUCGGAAGCCGGAGCUGCGUCUGCUCUACCCGAGGACUCAUGGAGCAAAGUAAGGGGGACCUCAUAGGACAGCUCGGGGAUGCUGACGAUUAGUCAGGCCGGGGCAUGGGGAGUUAGAGGAGGCCGGGGUUUGAUAAGGAAGACAGGGCCUUUCACUGUUUAUUUAAGGACGUAAAUCCCCAUCAUCCCCAACAAUUUAACAGUUGUUGUUAUUAUUGCACUAUAUUGACCUGGUUAUUAGAUUUGCGUUUUUGCUUUUAUAAGAUUCUACGUAUACUUCCACGUAUUGUGCUAUUUAAUGCACUGUAAUUGCCAAAAUAUUGCUCACUGUAUCUCCUCACACCAUGGGAGACAAGAGACAUAUUGCUUAACAGCUGUAGAACUACAAAUCCCUUGAUGCAUAAGGCUGACAAAGCAUUAUGGGGGUUGUAGUCUUACGGGGAGGGGAGCUUUAAUUUUUAGGUUUGUGUAUCUAUAUACUUGUUAAUCAGUAUAGCUUUAAAAGAACAGUCCAGCGUUAAAAAAAUUAAAUAGAACUUCAGAUUGUUCUUUCGAUUGUUUACAUUACUGCACCCUCCCCCUUCAUAUUUCUAUAUAUAUAUAUAUAUAUAUAUAUAUAUAUAUAUAUAUAUAUUUUUUUUUUAAAUCACUAUAAAACCUACAUGUAAUACAGCUCGGGGACAUUAUGACGGAGUGGUUAUGGUGCUUGUACUGUCCCUUUAAAUACGUACUACACUUUCCGUUCUGUGCUAUUGCCACAGUUAAUAGGAAAUUGUAACAACAGUUAUUUGAUUACAUAUACCCAUUGUACAGCACUACAGAAUUUUGCUGGUGCUAUAAAAUUAUAAAAUGAUAAUAUAACUUGCCAUGGUCAGUUUGAGCAGGGCCCUCAACCCCUCUGUUACUCUGUGUCCAACUUGUCUGGUUACAACUACAUGUCUGAAAUAUCAUAAUAAUAAUGUCUGUUCGUCCACCCAUUGUAAAGCUCUGCGGAAUUUGUUGGCGCAAUAAUAAUAAUAAUAAUAAUAAUGUAAAACAGAAUCACCUAAGCCCUUGCCAAGCUAGAGGAGAAUACUUUAGCUUUGUUGCAAGAGAUAUAGAUGUUCUUCACUAACUAAGCUGUUUAAAGUGAAUUAAUGCUAACACAAUACAGCUUGGUUGUAUUCAUUAAACUCCAUGUUUCAGUGAAUUAUGAUCCUACUGGCAAAAUUUUAGAAGUUGUAGUUGUAAUUUAGUAAUGAGAUGGAGCACUUUCAGUACAGUACAAAAUGAUGUAAUAAUUCAAUACUGUGUGUGUGUUUUUAUAUACCGGUAUGUAUAUAUUUAAAAAAAAAACAAAACAAAACACUAAUUUAAAAAAUAGUUUAUAAUGAUAAUAUAUUAAAUAACACUUGCUGACUGCGAGGCAAACACACUCUGCCAGUCGGAUCCUUCUCAUUAAGAAGCAUUGAAUCUAAUGUGUUCGGUGUCAGCCUGUGGAGCAUUAUGGCGCAAAACAUGAAGACUUUCGAUUUUGUGAGGUCUUCAUGAGGAAGAGCUCAUAGUGGUUGUCAGUUUGAUACCCCUUAGAUGCGUGCUAUUGGACUAAUUAAUAUGGCAACAAUGGCAAUGUUUUACAUUGUUUGAAAAAAUGGAUCAUCUGCAUCAAAAUCACCUUAUUAAGAUGAAGUGGUAUUGGUUCCAGUCUCCUUUUAAUGUUUAAUGUUGGCAGGAGUUUGAGAAUCGUCCAUUGACAUGUAAACCAUAAAAAUAUACCAAUAGCGUAAUUGUAUGAAAAAUGCAAUGAAGAUUUCAGGUGCAACUACAAUUGCAAUUUUAACAGAGCCUUCUUGACAGGUUCUAGAUAGGCAACUAUUCCUCUUUCUAACAUACAAUAUUUUCUAAUACAUAAAACAAAAGAUGAUUAAAAAUAACAUUUCUAAGUCUAAUGCAGUUUGAUUUCACAAAUUGCUGUUCAGUUAAAUUACCCCAGCCAAUCAAGGGUCCUGCUUAAAAGAGUUAGGAUAUGGUGAUGCUAGACCAUUAAUGUAGGCAGUCUAACUUAAAGGGAAAAAGUCUAAAUUGAAAAAUAUUUUUUUUUUAAUGCACUUAACAAAGUUAAUAUUAAAAAUAUGCAUUUAUUAGUAUUUUUUUUUUUCUUUUGAAGGGUUAGUUCAACCAUCAUGACCACUUCUGCUUUUAGAAGUGUUCAUGGAGCAAGGAGUCUUUGUGCAAAAACUGCACUUUUUUAUUUGCACUUUUGGUCUCCUUUCCUUUCUGCUCUCCCUCCCUGUGUCCCUCCAAUGACAGUUAUUUUCUUUUUAAUAAUUCCCUCCCUUCCUUAUUUACCCCCCACACCCUCAAUGGUUCAGAGCAUAGACAUUCUAUGUCUAUGGUUCAGAGUGCACACAUGCGCUGUGAGCUGGUGAGAAAAGUCCAAUCAAAUGCUUUUUUUUAUGAUAGGCAUUUAAUUGGUCCACAGAGAAAAAAGCAGUAACAUUGGAUAAGGGUAUGGAAAAUAGUGAGGAAAACUUUGAUUGGUGGUCGAUUCCAGGUAAGUUAAUGCUUAUUUAGCAGGUUUAUAGAGGUGGGGGGUUGCUAAUGCCUGAUAAGGAAUUACAAAACAUUAUUUAAACAGGGUUACUUACUAACUUCUUGUUUAUGUGUCUAAUCAAGCACUUUUCAAUGUGUGUACAUUUUGAAGCUAUAACAAAAGAAAUGAGAAAAAAAAAUUAGUAUGUUUAAAUUUGCGGAAAAUACGAAUUUAUGUGAAUAUGCUACAUAAACUACCAGCAGUUACAAACUGCCAAUACAGGGUAUAGUAUAGUAUAAUUUUACUGUAUUAGGUAGCAGUUAUUUAUUAGAAUUCUCAGAAUUUGAUUUCACUCAGUCUGCUGUCUGAUUUAACAUUUAUACAUGUUUAUCAAUGUUCCUGUUUUCUUUUUUAUUCACCGUUAUGGUCCAUCAGUCUGAGAAUACAUACAGCGACAAUAUGGCAGAAACCGGUAAGUCCUGACAGAAGGUUAUUUAUCCUUUACUUUCUAUUGUAGAUACUGAUCAAAAGUUGUCAGAUCUGGUAGACAUAUUCCAAUGGGAAUAACAUGAAUAAGCCAUGCUCCAAGGCUGACCAUGGAACACAGGCCUGGUCAUGUGCAGUAUUCGUAUACUGCUGAAAUAAAAUCAAUUAAUGAAAGAAAGGAGUUAUGAUCUAUUAAUUGAUUAAUUUUACCAGCAUGCAAAUGCAAACAUAUCAUGCACAUUUCAGGCAAAGCCUGAUACCACAGAGAACUCUUGUGUUUCACAAAAUAUGGAGAUCUGAUAUUCCAAACUAAUAUUUCAUGUAUGUCAUGUAUGUCAUUUGGAGACUAGGAAACGUAAUCCUUGCAUCUUUAAUGGAACAAGUGACCGAAAAAGCAGAACCUCUUACUGUAAAUUGAGGGUGUUGGUGUUAGUAGACAUUGGGUGAGGAAAUGGUCUACAUGCAGAUUCUGCCUGUCAGUGAUAGAGACGAAAUGUAUUAUUUAUUAUUCAAUACUUAUGUGUAUAACACCACUCCACAAUGUGAAUUGAAGCACCAGUGAGUUUUGGAAACGUUUCCCACUAAAUAUAUUUUGGAAUAUUAGACUGCUUGUUUUUCCUCAGCCUGCUUAUUUUUUAUUUGUAAACAUGCAUUGUUUACCUUAAACCCUCCCUUUCUAUGAAUGACCGAAUUAUUCCAUCAUGGUUGUCCUACCCUAAAAGAUUUGCAGCUUAAAUCCCCCUCCCCCCAAAAAAAACACUUUACUGUGCAGGUUAUUAAUCAAGCCUGGUAUUGUUACACAAAAGGUGUGCAAAGGGAGUCAUUCUGUAUUCAAGAGAUAUAGCUGAGUAAUAUUUAGUGAUUUCAAUUACAGUAGCACAACAAGCUUACAAAAUAAACCGCUAAAUUGUGCAUGUAAAAGCGAAAAUAAAAUACCAUAAACUUUAAAAGAAAAUGGUGAAAAUGGAUGUACUUUAACCCCUUAAGGACCAAACUUCUGGAAUAAAAGGGAAUCAUUACAUGUCACACAUGUCAUGUGUCCUUAAGGGGUUAAGGCUCAAACUAUACACAUAUGGCAUACCCACUGAUGUCUACAUUUACAAAUGUAGUAAUUUGAACUCUCAAUAAGCUACAAUGCCCCAUCAAAUCCAUCUAUCAAAAUUCUAACUGUAAAAACUUUAAUAGUCGGGUCUUUUAAAUGGCAUUGUAGCUUCACAGCAUAGUUGUAAAGGCAUAAAUUGAGUGUAUUGUUUAUUCAGAAGAUGUAGCUAAAUAAAAUAUGUUUUGUACAGAGUACACAACAGGUUUACGAAAUACACAUUGGUGUAACACAGACUAGUGUAUAUCUGCGAAUGUUAAAAAAAACCAAAAAAAACACAUGUACUUAAUUUUUUUUUUUUUUUAUAGAUUGGAAGUUAAAUAGCUACAGUGCCAAAAUACUCUUAACUAGUGAUGUCCCGAACGGUUCGCCGCGGACGGCAAACAAACAUAAACUUUGACACUGUACCUCACAGUCAGCAGACACAUUCCAGCCAAUCAGCAGCAGACCCUCCCUCCCAGACCCUCCCACCUCCUGGACAGCAUCCAUUUUACAUUCAUUGUGAAGCUGCAUUCUUAGUGAGCUGUCCAGGAGGUGGGAGGGAGGGUCUGCUGCUGAUUGGCUGGAAUGUGUCUGCUGACUGUGAGGUACAGGGUCAAAGUUUAUGUUUAUGUUCGCCGUCCGCGACGAACCGUUCGGGACAUCACUACUCUUAAGUAUACUUUAUAUAAAUAUAAACUUUUGUAUGGCAAUUUUGUUUUCUGUGAUGGCUUAGAAGACAAACAUACCAAAAUCUAAAGUCAUUCCACGUUGAUAUUGUAUUUACUCCUUGACUUUGUGGCCUGUAACUACCAAAAAUAAACUGUAUGACUUUUCAAAAGCUCCACUAAUUAUGUACACAUUAUUAUUGCCACAAAUGUGAACAAAAAUGAACUCCAAACCAGAAUGGACCAAUUUUUUUCUAAUGCAUUAUGUAGUUAAUGACUGUGUAAGCAGAAAAAUCACUACAUCUUUAUAAGGUGAUUGUGGGGCAUAGAUGCAGCCAGUGCAGCACUGCAAAUUAAACCUGUGACUGAACUUUAUUACAUUUGCAAUUUCCACACUACUAAUGGCCAUUUUACAGGCAUUAAUGGGUUUUGACUAAAAUAGAUUGAGCAGUUUAUUAUGUUUGAUGUUCCAAGACAGUUUGUAAAGUAUACAGGCACCAGAUGCCGUGUAUAUGUGUAAUGCUUCUCUGUGAGAAGCAUUGGAUUGGGGAUUCGGACAAUAGCUGUCAUGCAUCUCUAUGAGAAGCACUGGAUUGGACAAAAGUCAUAUGAUAUAUAUGCUAAAAUGUAAAAAAAAAAUAAUUUGCCAAAUCAGAUUUGGUGCAGACACAAAAACAAACAAAAAAAAUAAUUUGUUGUCUGUUUUCUAUUCAAAACAAGAUAUUGUAUUAGACAAUACUAUAUAUAGCCCCUAUUACUUUCCAGCAUACCUAUCUCUUUCUCUUUAACAGGUUAUACUAUGGAGCGGAAGGGUAGUAUAGUGUCCAGAGCAAACAGCAUUGGCUCAACCAGUGCUUCUUCAGUCCCUAAUACAGGUAAAGACUGCAUCUAUGUUUUAUUAGAAUUUUAGCUUGUUAUUUCCAAAACUGUCUAAUCUAGCCUGUUACUCAAUAUUGCUGCUGUAUCUUUACACAUAGCCCCGUUCAUUGUUUAGUGAUCCAGGCUCUACGUCCCUAUCUACAGAGCCAUGAUGUGCAGUUUGGCUCUUUCUCUAGGGAGGAAAAAGAACUCAUACCAAGUUUGUGUAUGCAGUAUGUGUCCACAAGUUAGAUAAAAUGUAUAUCAAGCAGCCAGAACAAGCAUUUUUGGCUGCCUGAUUGACAGCUCUGAGGGGAUGUUUUUGUUGCAGCAUUUUGUAAAAAACGCUGCAAUUCUGAGCCACUCUUAUAGCUGAGAGUACUCUUUGCAUGUUGACAAUGUGCAAUAAUUCAGAGUGACCCGAUUUGUACUCCUUUUUUUUUUUUUCCCCCCUCUCUCUUCAAUAUUAUGUUAAAUUGAUUGCCAGGUAUUUAAAGAAAUCCUAACCUUUUGGUGUGGUUCAUUAGAAUAGAGCUUUGUUUUGUCUCGUUUUUAUUAUUGUGUGUUACUCUGGCACACUAAUCAUAUAGAUUUUUGGCCCAAUAAUGAAAGCAUGCAAAAUGUACUGGUUUAAAGGAUAACUUCAUAGAAUCCAUAAAUAUGGAAAGGUGAGGGAUGGUGCAACUUUACUGGGUGUGACAAUGGCAUCCAUGUAUGUGUCCCCUCGCCCGUAGCACGCUGCAUGAUCGACAAUGCUUCUUCCCCAACCUCAGAUGACGAGGACAGUGAUUAUCGUCAGGAGAGUCUGAAAGAUGCCUACAAAGACAGGCGCAGGCGGGCGCACACGCAAGCCGAGCAGAAAAGAAGGGAUGCCAUUAAGGUAGGAAUUUAAGAAUAUACGAUGUGUAAAAUCCUGGAUUUGAAGUGUAUGUAUGCCUAGUUGACUUUGUUGGGACAUUUUCAUAAAUUUAUGCCUUAGCAUUUGAAAGGUCUCCACAUCAUUCAGACAGAUACUCGUUUUCCUUUGCACCAUUAUGAACACAUAGGUGUAUGUGCCAAUGUUUGAUUGACAGGUGGAGGGACCAUGUUUUUAAAUUGAGUUAUCUUUGAAUUAAAUAAAAUUUGUAUACAUUUGCUAUCAUGACAGGUCCACCUUACUUAGCAUUUCUGAGAAAUCAGCAUUUUGAUAAUGGACCAUCAGUGCCAGUCAUUUAUGUGGCAGGCUGAGGACUAUAUAGAGUUUGAUGGAGCUGCAGGUAGGGAAGCUGGCACGAGCUCCUUUCCUCUGAAUAUGGACUGGCGAGCUAUGAAGAGGUGGUGUCAAGCGAUGCACAUAAUGACAUUGCUGACAUUACAACAGAGUUGUGCUACAAAGCAGAACAGUAGGAUUCAAAUAAAGUAACAGACUGCUGCGUCUAUGUCCCAUUCCUUGUUGAACGCCGCUUGCAGCACCACUUGUGAUCAAAUAAAGGUAACCUCUAGCUUUUCUGGGCUAAAGAGUUGGACGAAGGAGGUGGAAGUGGAAUAUUUUCCAGAUUUACCAAGUGCAAUCAAGGUUUUAUUUAUUUGUAUGAUUAUACAGGGGACAUUCCAUGAAAUGCUUCAUAUUGAUACGAUUAAGUCACUUUUGCUAAUUUCACCAAAUGGUUUACUGUUCUGCUUAUUAUUCAGAAAGGGUAUGACGACUUGCAGACCAUUGUGCCAACUUGCCAGCAGCAAGACUGCUGUAUCGGAACUCAAAAACUGAGCAAGGCUGUUGUUCUGCAGAAGAGUAAGUUUUUUUGCCUGCCUCCCCCUCUUCCUACCAAUUUCUCUUCCUCAAUUUCUUAGAUCACCCACUGGGUCGCUGAACAUUUGAACUUGCAUAUGUGGCAAUUCUUAAGAACAGAUUUCUCAUCUGUCUUUCGUAGCUAUAGAUUAUAUCCAGUUUCUGCACAAAGAGAAGAAGAAACAGGAAGAGGAAGUAUCCACAUUACGGAAAGAAGUUAUGGCCUUGAAGAUAAUGAAAUCGUAAGAUCAUGUAUUAAGUACACAUAUACACACAAACUAUGUCACUGCCCAGGAAGGCUAAUUUGCUUUCUGGAGUUUAAGGGAAGUCAAAAAUCAUCCUUCCUGUUCAAUUGAUAAUAUUUGGUUUCGUUUCUUUAUUUUAUUGUGAUAAUUACAGGCAUACAUUAAGUGAUAGAAUGGUGUAACAUGACAUUCACAGUAUGGCAUUACAUUGAAGAUAACAAAGGUAACAGAGGAAUCAUUCGCUCUUUGCAGUAAACACAGGACCCAAAUCGAUCCUGGGUUGCUGUAGUGUAGAACAAGCUCUAACUUGGGUGGGAUAGGAUAGUAAAGAUCCUAUUGGAAACUAUGGGUUUAUGCUAGUCUCUGGCCUGGGCACUUUUCAUGAGCAUUAAACCUGACACCAGCCGUGGACCAGAUGUAUAGAUAAGCUGGAUCUCUGUGCUAGGUCGUUAGGGCUGCAUCGGGUCACUGGUGCCCAUUAUGCAAUUUGAUGAAUAUACCGUUGCAUGUGGGUAGUAGGAGUGGGAGGGCGUCUGGUCCAGAUCAGGACAGUGUCUGCAUCUGCCCAGUGCCCAGCCCCUGUUAAGUGGUAUUUAUAGUAUUUAUUGUUUCACAUCAUGAGAAAUUGGUCACGACAGCCAUUUGGGCUAUGGGACCCUGAAACGAUAAUGCAGUCCCAGAGCUCGGGUUGGGAGAGCGGACAAAUAUAUAAGCAAACAAAAGUAUUAACAACAGAUAGUGCGGGAGGUAUAUGCUUUCAUUUCUUAUGCAAGCUGCAACCCUGCAUGGCCGAGUUUAACUUAGUUGCAGGAGCCUCCAACAGUAGGUGAUGUGGCAGGUGCCAAGCAGGACACCGCUAAGUCGAAAGCCAGUUGUUACACGAUUUGACUACUUAUACCAGGAAAGGGCACCAGGAGACUCCUUUAACUGAAGUUGUACAUUUCUAUACAAAGAGACUUGCUAGUGCGUUUUAACGUGAUUUAUGUUUUACAAAAGUUGUAGAAUUAUGGGAAUAGUCAAUAAGGAGUUGUGAACAGAAAAAAAAAAAAAAAGGCCGAAAGCACAAACAGUGGAAUAUUUUACCUUUAAAAUCUUGUAUAGGUCCUAUUUUCAGCAACAGACAGUAACUGUGGACCCUAUAUAAACUAUAUACAAGAAAACAACAUAGUGUAUACUGUUGAAAUCUAUUUACAAUAUGUGGAGAAUAAAAAAGGUUCACUCACACUUUCCAGAGCCACAUAAGUUAGGCUCUGGACUCUAAAGGUAUUUCAUCCACCAAGGGAUACACUGGAUCUGAUCCUUCUCUUAGAUGUUUGUAAUAAGUUUUUCUUAGCAGGAACUCAGGAACCAGGUAAGGUGAAGUGUUAAAAUAAACAUUUAUUUGGUAUAAAAUAAUAAAAGCAGAAAUUGCUGACACAGCAGCUAGCACAACGCGACCCUCUAGGGUCUUUUUUUAAGUGCAGUAUAUCCUCCCAUUUGCUGACCCACCUAUAUAUGCCUCCAAUUUACCAUAUUGGAGACAGGUGUAGCAGCAGGAAAUGGUAAUUGAAUGUCCAUAUUUGGUCAUUGCAGGAAGCAUCUCACCACCACUAGAUGGCAGUGCUUCCUGUUUUGACUUACAUAAAUAAAGAGAGGGGGAAAAAUGCUUCCUGUUUUUACAUAUAUAAAUAAAGAGAGAAAAAAAAGUUUCUGUUUUGACAUAUAUAAAUAGAGAGAGAGAAAAAGUAAAAAAAACUUCCUGUUUUGACAUAUAUAAAUAAAUAAUAAUAAACAAAUUCCUGUUUUGACAUAUAUAAAUAAAGACAAAAAAAAUGCUUCCUGUUUUUACAUAUAUAAAAAAAAAAGGUUUACUGAUGCUCAGAUUGGAUUCUGUAACACUGUUGUAGCUUUCGAUAGACUUAUUUUCUCAGUAAUGCCUGUUAAUAACUCUUGUCUUUCAGAAAUUAUGAACAGAUUGUCAAGGCUCAUCAGAGCAACCCUAAUGAAGGCACUGACCAGUUGUCCGACCAAGUGAAGUUCAGUGUAUUUCAGGGUAUCAUGGACUCACUGUUUCAGACGUUUAAUGCCUCAAUCUCUGUAAAUAGUUUUCAGGAGUUGUCAGCAUGUGUCUUUAGCUGGAUCGAAGAACACUGCAAGCCACAGGUAUACAACACACAUCCACAGAGUCCUUCACUGUUUCUCAGUAAAAGCCUAGGGGUAUAAUUACAUUUCUGCUUUUUAAAAAGACUGGAUUUGCUGUUUCAAGAGAUGAAGUUGGGUCUCUUGGUAUAUGCUACGGAAUCUGUUGAUGCUAUAUAAAUGGCAAUAAUAAUAAUAAUAAUGUCCUGUGGCAUAGGCCACUUUGUACUUUUUAUCACAGCAAAGCCCAGUGCAAGAAUGUUGCCAAACAUUUUAGGUUAUGUUUUGUGCAGGAGAUAGACAUAUGUUUUGGCACACAUCUUUUGUGACUUUUCAAUCUGUGUAACACUUGUAAAUGUAAAAUGUUUAAUUUCUUUUAUCAGACACUGCAUGGUAUCGUAAUGAGAGUUCUGCAUCAGUUGAAGCAUCCGCUUUAUUAGGAAGAAAUUACUUGCACGUUCAAGAGGUUACCAGCACAACAUACCGCGGCUCUCGAAACAGAUGACUUUAAAGUGACGCAGAGCUGAUGUUAUUUGUAUUACAAAAUGGGGCAUAUGCCUGUCAGCUGAGCAGUAUAAGUAAACAUGGCCAGUGUCUGCUUAGUGGUGCCAUUCCUCAAGGCCUGUUAUCUCCUCUAUUAUAGAGAUUGUCAUCAAUAUAUACUGGCCAGCUCUUGGACCUCACUUUGUGCCACAUGGGCCUUGUCAUUUCUCUGCUACUUCUGUAAAGAAACUUUUUUUUUUUUUCUUCUCAUAAUUGACGCAAAAACAGCACAGAUUUCCCUGGAAAUAUACUUCUGAUCACUGUGUGUUAUUUAAUAUUAGUAGUUGAAGUCUUUUUAAGAUGUAUAUAUUUGUCUUUGUGUUUUCCCUACAGCCAAAGGGGCUUUUUAUCCAAAUAGCAUUUGGAUUAUAGAAAGAUGCAGAUAUACUGUCCCAUAUUGGUGAAGGCUCUGUCUUGAUAGUUAAUGAAAGUUUGAAUAUUCCUGUUAAAGUGACUCUGUAAUCUGAAUUUGUCUUUAGAUCAGCACAAACCAAUAAUAUCUAUAGUUAAUAUUCUAAUCUAACCAAGCUAUAUGUUGGGCUGUACUUGAACAUCUGACAUUGUGUGUAUGUAUGUGACUUCUUACAAAUGCCACUACAGUUUAACCCCUCAAGGACCAAACUUCUGGAAUAAAAGGGAAUCGUGACAUGUCACACGUCAUGUGUCCUUAAGGGGUUAAGGCAGGGGUCAGCAACCUUUUUCUACAUGACAUGUCUGCAAAUGAAUGGCGAACCCCCAAAGCUAAAAAUAUGAAGAUAAUAGUAGAUGGCCUCCUAACUUGGUAUCAUUAUGUGGGGUAGCUAUACAUAAUGAAAGGUACCAAAUUAAGGGUGCUAUCUACUAAACAACUAAAAGAUCAAUAUUAAGAAAGGAAGCUGUGCAGGAAAAGCACAUUAAAGGUCCAAUAUAGGCACCCAGACCACUUCAGCUUAAUGAAGUGGUCUGGGUGCCAGGCCCAUCUAGGGUUAACCUAGAAACUGCUAGAAAUGGGUUAAUCCAGCCUCUAGUGGCUGUCUCAUUGACAGCCACAAGAGGCGCUUCUCACUGUGAUUUUCACAGUGAGAAGACGCCAACGUCCAUAGGAAAGCAUUGAGAAUGCUUUCCUAUGGACUGGCUUAAUGCGGAUGCGCGCAUGCGCAUUCACCCGAUGACGGGAAAGGAGGCGGAGAAUCCCCACCGCCGAGGGAGCCCGGCGGUGGAGAAAAGGUAUGUGUUUAUCCCUUUCCUACCCCUAGAGCCCAGCGGGAGGGGGCCAGGAAAACGAGUAUGUUUUCCUGGCACUAUAGUGGUCCUUUACGUACAUAGCUCCCUUGCUACACAAACCGCUCAUCCUUAAUCAUAUAUUUUGGCAGAGUAGGCACCGGCUUUGUGGGUAGGGAAGUGCCUGCUCUACAAUAAUAAACCUCCCUGGGAGACAAGCAGGUUUAUUAACUAAACUACGAAUUUUUGUAAAUUAAAGUCUGAAUAGCAAUUUUUCCAAACAAACUAUUUAAGACUAAAUUAUGUAAUUUAGAUUUUCAUUUCCCACAAUUCAAAGUUUAGUGAAUAACCCUAUGAGUUACAUGAAGCACCUGUUACAUUUGAUCUUUGUGUACGUGGUGUCUUUGUGCAUUAUGUGUGUAUAUAUUCUAAAUUUACUUUUUAAAAGUAUGCUUAUAAUAUAUAGACAUCUUUUUAAAUAUAUACACACACACACACCUUCAUAAUAAGUACAAUCAUAAUCUUGGAAACCACUUUUAUUUAAAAAAUAAAAACCACUCUUAACAUUAUUUUAAAGAAGACAAAAAAUAUCUCAAAGGAAUCAAUUCAUGCUCAUUGACCCACACAUGCACCCUCUCAGAUACACAUGCAGUUUUUUGCUUACCCCUAUGGCAUCCUGGGUGGUCUUAUAAGGUUGCUGACCCUUGUUUUAAUGCCAUUCCAAAUAACAGAACCACCAGAAAAGAAAGAUAUAUAUGGGGCGCGGAAUUGGUGUUUAUGCUUGAAGUUUAAAAAGGUUAUAGUAGAAUAAUUAUGGAUUCCUUCUCUAUCCUAUGCGUACACCUUUUUUUGUGUAAGCCACAAUUGCUAGAAUAUUUUAUGAAAUGGAUUUAGUUGAUAUGUGAAACAGAGCGCCUUGAAAUCUGCUACAUUUAUAUGUAAAUCCUAUCAUUCUGCUCAGGAAUAUACUGUGGCUGCCUUUAUGACUUUCAUGUAAUCUGUUCUGUUAUAAAAGAUUUGUCAGUGAAAUUAUUUAUCUGAGUAAAUAAAACAGAUACAAACUAGGAACCCUGGUUCAAGUAAAAGGAGUUUCUUCAAACAUUAUUCACCCUUAGAAGAGCCCUUACCAAGCUUAGUAAAGAUUUGUCAAAACAUAAUUUCUGUUUGAAGAAACUGCAUUUGAUAGAACCAGAUUGACUGGGUUUCUGUAUGUAUUAAUGGUAAAGAGUGGAGCCAAGCUGAUUAGUGCUCACAUACUUGUGCCUUCUCCUGUUUAAUCUGCAUUCCUUUGCUAACCAAUGAAUUUUGCAAACACAUAUAUGUCAAGUUAAUAAAAAGGGACAGUGAGUCUAACAAACUAUAUAGCUUGCUUUCAUGUGUAAAUAUACAGUAAUUAAAAGGAUCUGGGCCCACUGCAAAGUCAGUUUAAAGGGGAUAUAUAUAUAUAUAUUUUUUUUUUUUUCUUCCCCUCAAGCACUGAAAAAUGUUUAUGCAUAAGACUGCGAAUCUAUAAUGCAAGGUGAGUCAAUUACUGACAAGUAGAUGUUUCACCCCUUAUCUAACUAGAGGACGGCAACGCGAGGAGGGUUGAUUUGAGUUUGUCCUUUUUUCAUAUUGCGCUAAAAUUGACCACGUGUAUAUGUUUGAAGAAAGUGACACACGCUAACUUAAAAGCCUUUCCAAGCAACCUGGCCACUGCAUUGAGGGGUGCCAUAGCACUGUUUAAAAUUAAACAGUUAAACUGUUUAACACCCAGCUGAGUUCCCAGGUGUCCAUAGCCCAGUUCCUCUUCAGUUACUGCUCAAGUAGUAAUGGAUUAGCAAUAUCAAUUCUGUCCAUGUUUGGACGGAACCCAUGGGUUGAGUGCAUCCGUUUCAGCCAAUGAAUUAUAUCUAAAUGUGGACAAAAAAAAUAAUAAUGCACCUAAUGGUGAAGAACUAAUGCUUUAAUCCCUUAAAGGACCACUCUAGGUUUUAACCCUGGAGCUGUAAACAUAGCAGUUUCAGAGAAACUGCUAUGUUUACAUUGCAGGGUUAAUCCAGCCUCUAGUGGCUGUCUUCCUGACAGCCGCUAGCGGUGCUUCCCUGACUCUCAAUGCGAGAAUCGCAUUGAGCACGCAGAACGUCCAUAAGAAAGCAUUGAGAAAUGCUUUCCUAUGGGCGUUUUUAAUGCGCGCACGGCUCUGGCUGCGUAUGCGCAUUCAGCUCCACUCGGGAGCUGUCGUAGGAGGGGGAGGAGAGGUCACUAAUGCCAAGGGAGCCCAGCGCUGGAUAAAGAUAAGUGGCUGAAUGGGUUUAAACCCCGUCAGCCCAGCGGGAGGGGGAGACCUAAGGAUUAUAUAGUGUCAGGAAAAAGAGUUUGUUUUCCUGACACUAUAGUGAUCCUUUAAACAUCAGGCACAAUUUUAGUAUAACGUGUAUUUGAAGCAAGGGAUGCAUAUAUGCAUAUCACCCUUUAUAAAUACAUUUGGUAAAUGAAAAGCUUUAGACAGUACACAGUAUUUUGCACAGUAUCUGAAAUGCUAGUAUAAAAGCAAAAAUAUUUUGUCACAUACAGUAGAUAUGAUAAAAAUAGAAAAAAUAAAUCAGUCUAAUCUUGCUUCUAGGUAUUUGUGUAAGGACCCUGAAGGCACUAGUAGCUUACUACUAUGAAAUUAUGUUAAAAAUGUUAAAAAUGGCAGCAAUGUAAAAAGUGUCUCCAUUGAGCAUUGGGUUAUAGUGCUUAGACUACCCCUUUAAAGCAUAAGCUACCUAUUACAGAGGUAUUACCCAACUAGUGCAGGGAUAGGCAGCUUUCAACACUCCAGAUGUUGUUCACUACAUCUCCCCUGAUGCUCUGCCAGUAUUCUGGCUAUAAAAGCAUUUAUUAUGGAAGAAUAAGUUCACAACACAUGGAGUGCCGAAGUUUACCUAUCCCUGACCUAGUGGAACUAAACAGAUAUAUUAACCCCUUAGUGACCAGACAGUUUUUCAGUUUUGUUACGGAUAAGGACCAGGGCUGUAUUUACAUUUCUGCGGUGUUUGGUUUUAGCUGUAAUUUUCCUCUUGCUCAUUUACUGUAUACACACAUAUAGUUCUUUCUAAAGAUACCAUUACUUUAAACUUAAAAAAAACCUACACCUUUUCUAAAAUUUGACCCCAAAAUUUGUUACGCAUCUACAACCGCCAAAAAACACCCGCGCUAAAUAGUUUCAAAAUUUUGUCCUGAGUUUAGAAAUACCCAAUGUUAACAUGUUCUUAGCUUUUUUUUGUGUGCGAGUUAUAGGGCUAUAAGUACAAGUAGGACAUUGCUGGUUCAAAAUAUACAUUUUUAAAACGUAUCAAUAGUGACAUUGUUAUAAAUCUCUGAAUCACACCUCACAUGUAUAUAUAUAUAUAUAUAUAUA